AUGGAAGCCGUGCUGGUUUUUCUGGAGGGUGUGCAUGCCCUGGCUACUGUCAACAUGGAUCGUAAAUGGUAUGCGAAGAAUCAACAGAAGGACAUUGGAAAAUGGCACCGAAUUGUGAGCGUGUUUCGCUCUUUGGUUUUCCUCUGCCACCUGAUCGUGCUCAUCGUCAUUACGGCGCUUCAACAAGCUACUGAAGAGCAUACUUACUUCUGGAUCAGCUGCUCGAUUUACGGACUAAUCACUCUCCUGAUUUUGCUGUUCAUUGGAGGUUCGUUAUUUCAUUUUCAUUAAUGUAAAUAAUAUACUCGUGAUUUCAGCGCAGCACAAAAUUCUUAGCAGCUACCACCUCCAACUUCAUCCGCUUCUCCGCGAAGAAGGCAACAAACAGCAGCAUCCCGGCAACAUCACUUUAUUCUAA